ACGUCCCGCCGCCGCUGGCCGCCCGCGACCCCGACGCAGACCCGGCGUGGACGCUCAGGUUCAGCCCGACCCCGCCCAAGUCUGCGGACACCCCCCGAGUUCCCGGCUCCCCGACGGCGCUCCCCGCGGUCGCCCCCGCGCCGGGCCGCCCCGAAGACCACGCGCCUUUCCGGGCCCCGGGAUCCCCGCCGCCACCGGCCCUGGACGCCACCCGGGAGGACCCCGACUCUCCGCCCAGCCGCCCCGAGGACCACGCGUCCCCGCAGUCCGCGCCUCCGUCGCUGAACGCCGCCCUUCUGCAGACCCUGGGGCACCUGGGCGACAUCGUGGCCAUCCUCGGCCCGCUGCGCGACCAGCUGCUGACCCUGAACCAGCACGUGGAGCAGCUGCGCGGCUCCUUCGACCAGACCGUGUCCCUGGCCGUCGGCUUCAUCUUAGGCAGCGCCGCCGCCGAGCGAGGCGUCCUGGCCGACCGGCGAGAGUGA